AUGAAGAUAUCCUUCAUUUUCUUCGCAGUUAUACAUGGGAGAAAAUGGAGAAAACAAUUGAAAAAGCAAAAUAGACCCAUCGAAGUCGUCUCAGAGUGCGGAAAUCCAGAAGUAAAUCCAAAUCCUGCCACAUUUUUCAACUUGCCAAGAUACAGAAGAGAUGUUUUUGAAGAAUUUAGAACAGAUAAUUACGAACAAAAUGGUUUUGACCCCGAGAGUUACUGGGGUACAUCGCCAAAGCCUACGUUGGCAAGUUUUUUGAUCAGUCAGAGGAUUGUUGGUGGAAGUCAGAGCUAUCCGAAAUCGUGGCCGUGGCAAGUUUUCUUUGACUUUGGGACUUAUUCUUGUGGAGGAACGCUGAUUAAUUCAAAAUGGAUUGUAACAGCCGUACACUGUACUUUUCGUCAUCCUCCAAAUGUUGUCAUCCGACUUGGUGUCACCAAUCUGGCCGACCCUCAUUCCGGCGAAUACCGCUACAUCGAGCGAGUAGUGAACCACCCUGAAUACUCAAAACCAAUUGACUGGAACAAUGACAUCGCACUCGUGGAGAUGAACAGGCCAGUGAUCUUUACAGAUUCUAUAAAGCCACUUUGUCUGCCGUCGCCAGACCUCGUCAUCCCAGCGGGAACGCCUUGCGUGGUGAGUGGAUGGGGAAGAACGCGAAAAGGUGGAAAAUUAUCCGAAAGACUCAAUGAAGUCGCUGUGAAGCUGAUGACAAGCGAAAGAUGCAAAUCGUACGAUGGGUAUGCUAAUCAACUGACAGAUUCGAUGAUCUGUGCGGGGUACGAAAAGGGUGGCCGCGAUGCUUGCUCAGGCGAUUCUGGUGGACCAAUGGCUUGUAAAUUAACGAGUCCUAGAUCUCAGCGAAGCCCCAAAAAGAAAGGAAGAUAUCAGAAAGGCUUUUCAAGCAAUCAAAAUGAACAAGACGGAGCUUGGGUUCUCUACGGUGUCGUUAGCUGGGGAGCUGGAUGUGCAAGAGAAAGAAGCCCAGGCGUGUACGUGAAAGUCACGAAAAUGAUUGAAUGGAUUCGUGCUGUCACGGGCGUUUCGAACCCGAGACACGAUCAUCUUGUUCCCGAUACUUGGGGUGAACCGGUUGGAGCCAGCUCCAUCAAUCAGAGGGAAGCUUAUCGACCUACUAGAACUCCAGCUCCGACCAAAGCGCCUUGUGGAUAUGAUAUGCGAAGCUCAGAUGUUGGCGAAUUCACUAGUCCUAAUUUCCCAAAGGCAUAUCCAGCAAACUCAAAAUGCACUUGGAAUAUUUUCGCAAGCAAAGAUAAGCCAUUUAUCCGGCUCAAUGUGACUGAUAUGCGUUUCGAAGCUCGAUCCACAGGUGGCUGCUUUAUUAAUGAUCAUAUUCGGGUUUAUGGCGAAGACGGCAAUCAAAUCGGCACUGCUCUCUGCCGACUGAACAAAAAACAAGACGGUUACAUCGUCACUUCUCGUGAACGCAUGACAGUGAGGCUCAGUACAGAUGGAGUCACUCAAAACCGAGGAUUCGCCGCCAAUUUCCAGUUGUUGACAGAUGAAGCAUCAGGCUGCGAGAACUCGAAUAAAAUCAAUCAGGCCGACAAAGGCGGUGUUUUUAUGACUACAGGAUUUCCGAUCAAGUACCCCGCUAAUACUGACUGCCAGUGGUAUAUUUUCUCUGGACAGAACGAUCCUAUUUUGCUCCAAUUUUCGCGAUUUCAUAUAGAAGGUCCAGAUUGGAAGGGGAACUGUCGGUUUGACUAUUUGUCAGUAUACGAAGGAGACAAGGAAGACGGCGACAACCUGCUGCAAACCAUCUGUGGAGCGGCAGUGAAAACCAAAAAGUCCCCGAUUCCCCGUACACACAGCUUCAUCGCCGCGAGUGGAGAAAUGUUCGUCAAGUUCCACAGUGACAACUCGCGGUCCUACGCUGGCUUUUACGCCGCUUACCGGUCGGUUCCUAAUCCCCGCCUGGAAUCUGCCUAUGGUUACGUGCAGCUUGGACGACGCGCGACUCUCACAGAUGAGCAGCUCGCUUCUAUUUCUCCUGAGAAGAUGAGCAGAGAAGAGUGGCUCGUGGCCCAGUUCGACACGUUAUGA